GCCAAGACUCUCCGUGCGUAACGUCCGCAGUCGAGCCGACGCAAGAGCGCGAGACAUCAUCAGACAACAGCGAUAUUCCCAAUUAAUUCAGCCGCUCAGAAGAGACGCAGUCCACACAAAAUCGCCAGAAACCGUGCUGUAAGAUCAACAUUAUGAACCCUGUUUAUAGCCCUGCAUCAUCAGGGGUUCCUUAUGCCAACCCUAAAGGAAUAGGAUACCCAGCAGCGGGGUUUCCAGUCGGUUAUGCGACAGCAGCUCCAGCAUACUCCCCCAGCAUGUACCCUGGUGCUAACCCAGCCUUUCCCACAGGUUAUGCUCCUGGGACCCCUUUCAAAAUGUCCUGCUCCCCCACAACUGGUGCUUUACCCCCUUAUUCCUCCUCACCCAACCCCUACCCUACUGCCGUCUACCCUGUGAGAAGUCCCUACCCCCAACAAAACCCCUAUGCACAGCAGCAAGGCACUUACUACACACAGCCCCUUUACGCCGCCCCGCCCCAUGUCAUUCAUCAUACGACAGUGGUCCAGCCCAAUGGCAUGCCGGCAGCUAUGUAUGCCCCUACCAUUCCUCCUCCCCGUCCUAACGGAGUCGCCAUGGGAAUGGUGGGAGGCACCACCAUGGCGAUGUCAGCUGGAACGUUAUUAACUACUCACUCCCCGACUGCAGUCGCACCCCACCCUUCAAUGCCCACGUACCGCCCACCUACCACUCCCACCUACAGUUACGUUCCCCCGCAGUGGUGAACGCAACUGAUGCCGUCAAAAGAUGGUAGAUAUGCAUUCUCACUGUCCGGUAUUUUUUUACAAUUGGAGCUGACACUGUUAUCAGCCAGUUGCUCUUCCUUCCAAACAUAAUGUGAAUCCGACUCCAGCUGGCAGACGAAAGGAACCGUUGGAACGGGAAAGAAAACCUUUCCAGUUCAGCUCCAUCACUUACCAUUCGUCAUUCAUUCUACGACAUAUCUCGCGACCGAAGACCAGACAAGCUCUUCAUACUGAUAUUGUGUUGUGUAGACUGUCUUGCAGUUUUUAGCUAACUCUUAAAUUGGUGAAACUGGAAGGGAGUUGAAAUUAGUUUUUAUCUAAAAACCUAUUGAAUGCAUGUAUCUAUUUAAAAGAAGAAAAACAAACAAACAAACAGUAUACUACAGCGCUAAAUAAUUCUACCAGCUAUGAUGACAGAUGCAGAAUCAUCAGCAGUAAUCUCCAGCAAAUGGGGGAACACCUGUACACUGUAUUAAAUGCAGUGUCUUAAUUGUUAUUUCAUACAAUAUAUUAAUAACGUUAGCAUUUGAAAGAAAUGUUUUUUCUUUGUUAAUUUCGGCUAUCUGCAGUUACAGACGUGGUUCGACCUCGCUGGCUGACAGUGUUUGUUGCUGCUGGAGACGGGGCUCUUAGUGUUUGUGCCUCUGCUUCCGACGGCUGUUUUUAUUUCUUUGGUUUUAUCAUUCGACAUGCUCUCGCUGCGGUUAAUCGUUGCACUAAUUGCCUGUGUGUGUACAUAAAUUGGUUGGUUGAGCUGUAUUGGUGAUGAGAGCAUGCUUUACUCAUUUGUGUACCUCUGGUUGUUGGUUUGCCUAACAUUUUAAAAGCCUGACCGAAAGAUAGACAUUGGAAUCAUUGCUAAACAGCGACGUUUUAAAUGGUAAAUUGUUUAAGUGGAUAUUAAAAUAAAAACACAAUUAAGUUUAUUUGGUAACACUACUGGUAAACUUUGAGAAGGUGAAUUUGAGUUAGUUAUUAUGAACCCAAAACUGCAUUGCUUGUUACCUCAAGAUAACACCAUAACUGACUGAAUUUCAUUGUCUUUAUACGUUGCCUAUGUCACUUCGGUUAAAGAAUGUUUUGUAAUGUUUAAUGUGUUUUUGUUUUGUAUUUUCAAGACCAAAAAUAAAUACAAUUAUAAGUU